AUGAGCAAAUUGACUACAGACAGGAUACGCAUAAAAAAUAUCCGCGCCUACUACGACGAUUCUACCGGCACUGAGGUGAAGGAGACCGAGUCUAUGCUGUACUACAAGACACAAACUUUUUAUUGUAAAGUGGAAAUUGAAAUACCAACAUGCAGUGCUGAUCGCGACUGGACUAUCGGCCUUGUUCAGGCAUGUGAUUAUAUGUAUCUAGCUAAUGAUUACGAUGGAAUUGGAAAUUCACUCUGGGAAUUUCAUCCACUGAAGAGUGGCCUACGCACACUGAUUAACGAUAGCGAUGGCCGACAAUAUCCGUUUUACAGCGUCAACCAAAGCUUGUAUAACAUUAAAAAGGGAUCUGUUCGCAAGCUUAAUUUGAAUCUUCAAAUAAAAGAUUACUUUCAUCCAUCCGUUGUUUGGGAAUUGCCAUAUUCAGGCGGCGUGCGACUAACCAAAAUUAACCGACAGCAAAAAUUUUUAAUCUGGUUGGUAGCAAUUAAGUACGGAAAAAAACCAUCUGGUCGUGACGAAAUCACUGUGCUCAAACAAAUUCGAUGGGAGUACGAUCUACAUAUGGUUGUGGAUCCCUUCAUGCAGCUGGGCAAGAGAGUUCGCAAAAUCUACGAUACCCAGGAUGGCGGAAUAUUACUUAUGGAUCCAGACAAAUGCACUAAACUGCCAAGAGCUGCCACUUUUCCACCACACUGCAAUGCAGCUCAGUCUUUGAUUUGGUACCCUAGGGAUGCACAUAAACAUGCCCGCAUUCUAGUUCCUCCGAAGCAAAUCAUUGUCUCCUGGGAAGAGUGGGUGCGCGAUAUGCUUGGACCAAGUGCUCGAGUAAAGAAGCCCAAUGAGGUCUCUGAAAUAGGAGACACAAUGAUAGAAUAA